AUUAAAUUUAAUUAUCCAAAUAAUGACCGUAGUUCAAGCUAUAACUGAAAGCAUUGUCUGUCCACGCUCCUUAUUCUAGAUGGCCUUCUGCGGAAUCCUCUCCAAUUCCUCUUCUAUCUUCAACAAGCAACCAAACAGGUGCUGUUUAUGUUCAAUUUCAUUUUUUUUUUUGUGACAAACCUUUUUUCUUUAUCAGGAACGUGUAGCUCAGAGGUCAAGAUUUUCGAAUUGGAAAGUGAAUCAAACAUUAAUGACAAUGGAAGGAAAUGGUGCUGCAGCGAAUAAAAAAAUACCACACGUGUUAAGUGUUGCAGGCUCUGAUUCAGGAGCUGGCGCUGGAAUACAAGCUGAUCUUAAGGCAUGUGCUGCUCGUGGAGUAUAUUGUUCCACUGUUAUAACUGCUGUUACGGCACAGAAUACUGCUGGAGUUCAGGGUGUAGAUAUUGUGCGUAAUGAUUUUGUUGCUGAGCAGUUAAAGUCUGUGCUUUCUGAUAUGCAAGUUGAUGUGGUUAAAACAGGCAUGCUACCUUCUAUCGGCAUAGUCAAGAUUCUCCAUCAGAAUCUAAGGGAGUUUCCUGUUCGAGCUUUGGUGGUUGAUCCUGUCAUGGUAUCUACGAGCGGAGAUGUGCUGGCUGGUCCUUCCAUUGUUUCUUGCUUUCGAGAAGAGCUCCUUCCCAUGGCCAACAUAGUAACUCCAAAUAUAAAAGAGGCAUCUGCUUUACUUGGUGGCAUGCCACUUGAAACUCUUGCUGAUAUGCGCUCUGCGGCAAAACUUUUGCAUGCUUUAGGUCCUCAAAAUGUUCUUGUCAAAGGUGGUGAUCUUCCCGACUCUUUGGAUGCUGUUGAUAUUUUCUUUGAUGGUGAAGACUAUCAUGAGCUGCGUUCUUCUCGCAUAAAAACUCGCAACACACAUGGCACUGGUUGCACUUUGGCAUCAUGUAUAGCAGCUGAGCUAGCAAAAGGUUCUCCAAUGCUGUCAGCUGUAAAGGUUGCUAAGUGCUAUAUUGAGACAGCCUUGGAAUACAGUAAAGAUAUAUUCAUCGGAAAUGGGCGUCAAGGCCCAUUUGACCACCUAUUAAGACUUAAAAGUUCUGUUCAGAACUCUGGUAGGCAAGGGACAUUCAAUCCAAAUAACUUAUUUUUAUAUGCUGUCCCGGACUCUCGGAUGAAUAAAAUGUGGGGGCGACCUAUGGUCGAUGCCACUAGAGAAGCAAUAGAAGGAGGUGCCACCAUUGUUCAAUUGAGGGAGAAGAAUACUGAAACAAGGGACUUUAUAAAUACAGCAAAAGCAUGUCUUGAAAUUUGCCGUUCACAUGGAGUGCCACUAUUGAUAAAUGACCGAGUUGAUGUUGCCCUUGCAUGUGACGCUGAUGGAGUGCAUGUUGGUCAGUCAGACAUACCUGCUCGUACUGCCCGUAUUCUUCUUGGCCCUGAUAAAAUAAUUGGGGUAUCGUGCAAAACACCUGAACAGGCACAACAAGCAUGGAUCGAUGGUGCUGACUACAUUGGUUGUGGCGGUGUAUAUCCAACGACUACAAAGGCAAACAAUUCCACUGUUGGUUUUGAUGGGUUAAAAGCUGUUUGCUUGGCUUCUAAAUUACCCGUGGUUGCUAUCGGUGGUAUCAAUGCUACAAAUGCUGUCUCUGUGAUGGAAAGUGGUGUAGCAAAUCUCAAAGGUGUCGCAGUUGUAUCAGCUCUAUUUGACAAGGAAAGUGUUCUAGAUGCAACCCGGAAUUUGCACGCAAUACUGACAGAAGCAGCAUCCAGAACAAAUGAAACAUACAUGUAGCAGAGUCUUUGCUGGUAAAGCAUUGCAUUUUUCAUUUACAUAACGAGUUCCGGGUGCAAAUGUUGACUGCUGAUGUUCUUUUCGACUGUAGCUGUUAUGAGGAGAGACCUAAACUGGAUAAUGAUACCAGAUAUUUUGUAUUAAAAAGAAUGGAGAAGAAAGGGAAGGGGAGUAGGCUGUAUUGCACCAUUUGUAGUAAACAAAAGAACCGGGGAAGAGGAGGUGCAUGCCUCUGCCAACUUUGGAAGAGAUAAUUUCCCAAUUUUUUUUUUCCUAAAAAGAAAUAAAAACACAUGUUUUACAA